AUGUUUCUACAAGCUAAGGGCUUAGUACAGAUAUACAAUGAUACACAGAUUGUAACGUUAACAGAGAUUGAAGACAGAUUCGGAUUUAGGGAAAUGUUUCGGAUAGAUGUAGGGGAUUUCGAUUUCCUGAUAUCAACGGGGCAGAUGAGCAAUUGUGGUGGCCACAAACCAAUUAUGGCAGAAGAAAGACUCGCUCUUACUCUUCGUUUUCUUGCGACAAGAGGAUCAUUUCAAUUACUUCAUUUUCAGUUCAGAAUUUCUUUGAAUGCAGUAUCCUAUAUAAUAAAAGGGUGUUGCAGGGCUUUGGUGGAGAAAUUGGUCGCAAAAUGUCUUCAACUACCAUCAUCCGAGAAAGAGUGGCUACAAAUUUCCGAGAAGUUUGAGACUAGGUGGAACUAUCCUCAUGCUUUAGGUGCAAUGGAUGGGAAGCACAAUACUAUAAAGAAGCCUGCCAAUUGCGGCUCAUACUACUACAACUACAAACAUAAUCAUUCGAUAAUCCUUUUAGCGAUUGCUGGUCCUGAGUACGAAUGCUUGUAUGCUGAUGGUGGGUCUAACGGACGAGUUAGCGACUCAGGUGUGUGGAGCCACAGUUCCUUGCUACAAUCUAUUAAAGAUGGGUCGCAAAACGUAACAGAAAAUAAACGAAUCUACAACUACAGACACAGUAGAGCAAGACGAAUUUCCGAAAAUCUGUUUGGUAUUCUUGCCAACAGAUGGAGAGUCUUUUUUACUACAAUAAAUUUGGAGCCAAAACAUGUCGAAAACAUAGUCCUCUUAGCUUUGGCAUUGCACAACAUGCUUAUCAAAAAAUCAGCUUAUCGUACGGUAAAUUUAGCAGAUUCUAUCCUUGACAAUGGUCAUAUUCGAGAAGGCGAAUGGCGGAGACAUUUCAUUCCCUCCAAAUGCCUAAAAUUGGUCACAAUGCAUCUGUUACAGCUAAAGCAAUCAGGGACGACUUUAAAGAUUAUUUUAUGA